AUGCAGUCGGCAGUACGUCUACCUUCUCCCGAUGCCGCCGACGGCCAGUCACAUACUUCUGGGCGCAAACGCUCGCCUUCAUCGCGUUCUCCAUCGCCAGAAAGACGCCCUCCGACACUGCGCACCAGAUCUACCGACCCUGAUGCAAAGAACGACCCCUCACCGCCGCGCGACCGCUCGCGAUCGCCACUCCCUCACCGUAAUGGCCCGCUUCCACGCGACGUAGACCGUCAAAGAGCUCUCGAGCGCCAAAGACAGGCCGAAACCCGCCGCCGUGAAGAAGUCAAGGAGGACAAGCCUCUGUCGGCUGCUGAGAAGCAGGCCGCCGCAAAGGCCGAGUAUGAGCGUCUGCUCACCAUGCGCUCAGGAGGAACCUAUGUACCCCCGGCCAAGUUGCGCGCUCUACAGGCUGAAAUCGGCAACGACCCAUCUUCCAAGGAAUUCCAGCGCAUGGCAUGGGAGGCCCUCAAGAAGUCUAUCAAUGGUCUGAUCAACAAAGUCAACGUCUCCAACAUCAAAUACAUUGUUCCCGAGUUGUUCAGCGAGAACCUCAUUCGAGGGCGUGGGCUCUUCUGCCGAAGCAUAAUGAAGGCUCAGGCUGCCAGUUUGCCCUUUACUCCCAUCUACGCCGCCAUGGUCGCCAUUGUGAACACGAAGCUUCCUCAGGUUGGCGAGUUGCUGGUCAAUCGCCUUAUUGUGCAGUUCCGCAAAGCCUUCAAGCGCAACGACAAGGCCGUUUGCCUCAGUAGCACCACCUUCCUGGCCCAUCUGAUCAACCAGCAGGUUGCUCACGAGAUGCUUGCUGCCCAAAUCCUGUUGCUGUUAUUGAACAAGCCCACUGACGAUAGCGUUGAGAUUGCCGUGGGUCUGAUGAGAGAAGUUGGUCAGCAUAUCGAAGAGUUCAAUGCGCAGAUCGCCAUGGCCGUCUACGAUCAAUUCCGCAGUAUUUUACACGAAGCCGACAUUGACAAGAGAACGCAAUACAUGGUCGAGGUCCUGUUCCAGGUCAGAAAGGAUCGCUACAAGGACAAUCCCGCGGUCAAGGAAGAGCUGGAUCUUGUUGAAGAGGAGGAUCAGAUCACCCACAACACUGGCCUCGAUGACCAGAUUGAGGUACAAGAUGGUCUCAACGUCUUCAAGUUCGACGCAGAUUGGGAAGCAAACGAGGAAGCAUACAAAAAGCUCAGGGCCGAGAUUCUUGGAGAGGCCGAUGGAAGCGACGAAGACGACGAAGACGGCUCUGAUGUGAGCAGCAGCGAGGACGAAGACGACGAAGAAGUCAAACAGGUCGAGAUCAAGGAUCAGUCCAACACCGAUCUGGUCAACUUGCGCCGUACAAUCUAUCUCACCAUCAUGUCUUCUGGAGGCUUCGAAGAAUGUACCCACAAAUUGCUACGCAUUAACCUACCGCCAGGUCUGGAGCACGAGCUACCGUCUAUGAUUGUCGAGUGUUGCUCCCAGGAACGCACCUACAACAAAUUCUUCGGUCUGAUCGGUGAACGUCUUUGCAAGAUCAACCGCAUGUGGAACGAGCUGUUCGAGGCCUCUUUCGUCAAAUACUACGACACUAUCCACCGCUUGGAAACUAACCGUCUACGCAUUGUUGCUCAGUUCUUCGGUCACCUCCUUUCCUCGGACGCCAUUGGCUGGCAUGUUAUUAGCGCUAUUCACCUGAAUGAAGAAGAAACCACUUCAUCCUCGCGUAUCUUCAUCAAAAUCUUGAUCGAAGAACUGGCUCAGAAUGUUGGCAUGAAGAAGUUGUCGGAGAGAAUGAAGGACGAUGCUCUGUUGCCUGCUCUGGGCGGUAUCUUCCCUGUCGACAAUCCUCGUAACACUCGCUUCAGCAUCAACUUCUUUACAGCCAUUGGCAUGGGUGUGUUGACAGAAGGCAUGAGAGAAUACCUCAAGAAUAUGCCCAAGCCGACGCUACCUGCUCUGCCUGUCAGA